AUGGUGUUCCUCGUGUUGUCCUUCCUCCCCAUUGCUGACGCAAGGACCCUGCUGCGCUACCACCGGAAGCACCGGAGACACCACCACGCACACCACAGCCACAUCUCUCAGCCCCCAUCGGCGCUCCCUCCCUACGUCGUCGAUGGUGAUUCUCCGGUGAAACCACCGGAUCUUUCUCCGGGGUUCCCGUUCCCGCCGUCAGCGCCAGCUUCCUGCAGGAACUUAUUCGACGUGAGGGCGUUCGGCGCGUCAGGCAACGGCUCGUCCGCCGACGACACCCGCGCCUUCCGUGCGGCGUGGAAGGAGGCGUGCUCUGCCGAGUCCGCCACGCUGCUCGUGCCGUCGGACGGCGUGUUCACGGUCACCUCCACCGUGUUCACGGGGCCGUGCAAGCCCGGGCUCACCUUCCAAAUUGACGGCGUGCUGAUGCCACCGGACGGGCCAGCGAGCUGGCCGGAGGCGGAUAGCCGGCGCCAAUGGAUAACCUUCUAUAAGACCGAUGGCAUGACGCUCACGGGAGGAGGAACCAUUGAGGGCAACGGGGAGGAGUGGUGGAAUCUUCCAUGCAAACCUCAUAGGGGCCCGAACGGAUCAACCCUACCCGGACCAUGUGACAGCCCUGCACUGAUACGGUUCUUCGUCAGCAACAACGUGAGUGUCCAGGGUCUAAGGAUCGAGAACAGCCCGCAGUUCCACCUCAAGUUCGACAACUGCGACCAGGUGCGCGUGGACGGUCUCUUCAUCAGCUCGCCGGCGUUCAGCCCCAACACCGACGGCAUCCACGUCGAGAACACCAAGUCCGUCCAGAUACACAACUCCAGGAUAAACAACGGCGACGACUGCAUCUCCAUUGGAGCCGGCUGCUCCGCCGUCCAUAUAGAGAACGUGACAUGCGCUCACGGGCAUGGCAUCAGCAUCGGGAGCCUGGGCGUGCGCAACACGCGGGCGUGCGUCUCCAACGUGACGGUCCGAAACACACGGAUCCUCGACUCCGACAACGGCCUCCGCAUCAAGACGUGGCAGGGCGGCGCCGGCUCGGUGUCGGCGGUCGAGUUCGCCGGCGUCCGGAUGGAGAACGUCAGGACCUGCAUCGUCAUCGACCAGUACUACUGCCUCGGAAACGGCUGCGCCAACCAGACCUCCGCCGUGCGCGUCGCCGGCAUCACGUACCGGGACAUCCGCGGCACGUACAAACAGCAGCCGCACGGCGGUGGCGGGCCCAUCCGCUUCGCGUGCAGCGACACCGUCGCCUGCACGGACAUCACCAUGACCGACGUGGAGCUGCGGCCAGCCGCCGGCGGCGGCGGCAGCGAGGCAACGCUGGCCCGCCCGUACUGCUGGAACGCGUACGGGGCGGUGGCGACGCUCACGGUGCCGCCAGUUAACUGCCUGCAAGAAGGCAGGCCUGAGUCUCUGCAAGAUCAGCUCGACACUUGCUCUGUUGCUGAGCAUCACAUGGGAACACCUGUUUCCUAACAGUUCUAUGUUUCAUCUCGCUAAUUCAUUCAAACAACCAUUUGAGGUAGCCUCUGUAUUCUACACUCCAGAGAUAGAAGAAGAUAUGUAAGCAGACAACACUAUUCCUUGACUCACUAUGUAUUAGGCAGCACCAUCAUAACAGUUCGAAAGCUUAUAGCA